AUUUACCUGCGUCAAUUACCGUAAAUUUACAAGGCUGACGUCAAUUAGCGUUAAUUUACCGUGGAUUUGAGUGGAUUUAGGUGAAUCAGGGUGAAUCACUCUUUUGACUUCUUGAUGAGUGCAGAUGGCAAAGAUUACAAGUAAAAUACACCGAUAUCGAGUAUGAGUGACUACUGGAACAAAGAUGGACAGCAGAAGCUCUCACUCACGAAGAGGUUUGUUGUGGAUGCUCUCUUGCUGCUGCGUUGGCGUUGACAUUGUCGAUGUACUAAGUUAUCGCGCGCCACGAGUAAACUGGGUUUUUCCUUCGCGGCAGUCUCUCGGCGAGUCGGUCAGCUGCUCGUAUUUCACUUUCUGCGACAGGACAGCAUUGUCCACUAUUCAUAGCCGACGAAUAAGCGAGCGCAGUCUGGAGGACACCUGAACCCAUUUCGGUGUCCGCACAGGAGUCAGCAUGAACUUUCCUCUAAGGACACCAUCCACUUGAGAUGUUAAUUAGCAUUCGACUUAUUCAAGGGUCAGAAGGCAGGGGAUGCACCAUCUAUGUCUGUAGGGUAAUAAAUAAGUACUGUUGUGAACAUCAAGUUAUCACAUU